GGAGCGCGGCGGCGCCUCUGCCACCAAACUCCUGGGGCUCCGCGGUGUUCGGAUCCAUCUCUUCCCUAGCCCGCGGAAGCCUCACCAGGCUGCAGCUUCACUUUUUUCUCGUUUUUCUUUUUCUUUAAAAAGCACACCCCUCUCCACCCCCGCCUUCUGAUCACCGCAGCCCAGACAUCCCCGGGCUCAUCUCUCUGGGGCUGCCCAUCUCUCCCGCUGCCCGUGACGACGCGCGCCCAACGUUGGGCGAAGCAAAGAAGAAAAACUUGUCGGAGGGGUUUCUCCAGCCUCCACUAACCCGCCCUCUCCCGCGAACCCCAAGCAUCCGCCGGAGCCAGUCCUAAGUCUGGGAAAGUUCCUCCGGUGCUCGGCGCCCUCUUGGAUUUGCAGGGCACGGGUGCUGGCUGUGGAAUUAGAUAUGUUUUGAACCCAGUGGAGCGCGUCGCGAGCGCUCGGAAGUCACAGUCCUCGGGAGCCCGGGUGGCGCUGCUUGUGAGAAUCCGGGAGUUUGCCGGCCCGCCUGCAAGUGACCUUUCCUCCCCGAACUUGGUGGUCCUGUGUCGCCUGAGAGCUGCGAGGUGGCAAGUUGAGGAGAGAGCCCCCGAAGUCCGGAGAGGAUUAGGCUGCCCCUCCUUCUCUCGUCGCUGUUCUCUGCUACGGUGAGAGAAAGCCUAUCGAAACUGACCAGGACCUCCGGAUCCCAUCCGAGACCCACCGCAGAGCUCGACCGCUAGCCCGAUUCCCACGGAGAGCCCGGAGCCCAGGCGUCAAGGAAAGACUCGCGGGGCAGGGAAGGGAGGUCGAAGCAGCAGCAUGGCGAGGUUCCUGAGGGCCGACCUGGCGGCAGCAGGAGUUAUGCUACUUUGUCACUUUUUAAUCGACCAAUUCCAGUUCGCCCAAGGGGAGCCUGGAAAUCAAAUCACGGAUUGGAAGUAUGAUGUUUCAAAGGCCUUUCCUCAAAGAGACGAUGGGGUGGAUGUGGACUCACAAGCAUACAGCCACAGAUGGAAAAGAAACUCGGACCCUUUUAAGGCAGUAGACACAAACAGAGCCAGCAUGGGCCAAGACUUGCCAGAGCCCAGAGGCUUCACUGACCUGCUACUGGAUGAUGGCCAGGACAACAACACCCAGAUCGAGGAGGACACAGAUCACAAUUACUACAUAUCUCGGAUAUAUGGUCCAACAGACUCUGCCAGCCGAGAUCUGUGGGUGAACAUCGACCAAAUGGAGAAAGACAAAGUGAAGAUUCAUGGGAUAUUGUCUAACACUCAUCGGCAAGCAGCGAGAGUGAAUCUGUCCUUCGAUUUUCCAUUUUAUGGUCAUUUUCUACGUGAAAUCACUGUGGCUACUGGGGGUUUCAUAUACACUGGAGAAGUUGUACACCGAAUGCUAACAGCCACACAGUACAUAGCACCUUUAAUGGCAAAUUUUGAUCCUAGUGUAUCCAGAAAUUCAACUGUCAGAUACUUUGAUAAUGGCACAGCACUUGUUGUCCAGUGGGACCAUGUCCACCUGCAGGAUAAUUACAACCUGGGCAGCUUCACAUUCCAGGCAACACUCCUCAUGGAUGGACGCAUCAUCUUUGGAUACAAAGAAAUACCUGUCUUGGUCACACAGAUAAGUUCCACCAACCAUCCAGUGAAAGUCGGGCUGUCUGAUGCAUUUGUCGUUGUCCACAGGAUCCAGCAAAUCCCCAAUGUUCGAAGAAGAACAAUUUAUGAAUAUCACCGAGUAGAACUACAAAUGUCAAAAAUUACCAACAUUUCAGCUGUGGAGAUGACCCCACUCCCCACAUGUCUGCAGUUCAAUGGCUGUGGUCCUUGUGUAUCCUCUCAGAUUGGCUUCAACUGCAGUUGGUGUAGUAAACUUCAAAGAUGCUCCAGUGGAUUCGACCGCCACCGGCAGGACUGGGUGGACAGUGGAUGUCCGGAAGAAGUACAGUCAAAGGAGAAGAUGUGUGAGAGCGCAGAGCCAGCGGAGAGUUCUCAAACCACCACAACCUCACACACAACCACCACGCAAUUCAGGGUCCUGACCACCACCAGGAGAGCCGUGACAUCCCAGCUGCCCACCAGCCUGCCCACGGAAGAUGACACCAAGAUAGCACUGCAUCUCAAAGAUAACGGAGCCUCUACAGACGACAGUGCAGCUGAGAAGAAAGGAGGAAGCCUUCACGCCGGCCUCAUUGUUGGAAUCCUGAUCCUGAUCCUCAUUAUAGCAGCAGCCAUUCUGGUGACAGUUUAUAUGUAUCACCACCCAACAUCAGCAGCCAGCAUCUUCUUCAUUGAGAGACGCCCAAGCAGAUGGCCAGCAAUGAAGUUUCGAAGAGGAUCGGGACACCCUGCCUAUGCGGAAGUUGAGCCUGUUGGAGAGAAAGAAGGUUUUAUUGUGUCAGAGCAGUGCUAAAGUUUUAGGACAGAGCAGCACCAGUACUGGCUUACAGGUGUUACGACUAAACUUUGCUUAUACCUUUAAAACAGACACACACCACAGCCACACACAAAGGAGCCCUAAACUGCUGUAGCCAGAAGGGAGACAAGAUUUCUGGACGAGCUCAGCCCAGAAACAUUGAAAGGAAAACUCAAACUUGUACAAGACACCAUGUACACUGACUGUAACAUUCCCUACUGGAAUGACAUCCAUGGUUCACGAAGAACAUCUCCUGUGGACUUGCCAGAAGUGUGACAAGAUGACAAUGUUUUUGGUUUAGGUGCAGGGUUGCAAAGGGAUCAAGGAAAAAUAAUGAUAAUAAAUAAAGCUUUAGUUCACAAGGGAUUUACUCCUUUGAUUCCAAUGUUCUCUGAUGUCUCAAAGAUAACCAUGUUUCAGAGUCUGAAUAUUUUCACUGGGAAGAGCAAUGAUGAAUGCUUCAAGAUUGCUGGAAACAAUGGCUCACAUGAGAGCAAAACCAAACAGAAACAGAGGUUUCUCUAUCUUUUUCAAACAGACUUUCGGCAAAAGAAUUAGUUUUUGCUCUAAACCCAGACGCUCCACCAGGUUCAUUACUUCUCAGGAUGAACCUUUCAUCUGUUUGGAAGUUCAUUAUGCCUGCCUCUUCCUGGGUAGUGAGUACCCUUUCUGUUGGCUGGGACACAAUUCCCAGUGCUAAGCUGAGGACUAGAGAGGAGGGCAUAGCCGGUGAGGGUUUCCAUUCUCUCACUUCAGAAUAAAAUGAGUUUUGUUGUCAGGGGUGCUGCCUCCUCUCCCACCUGGACUCCUGAGAAGCCUCAUUUAAUCUUGGCUAAUGGUAACAAACAGAAAUAACAGGAAGAAUUAGGUGGUCAUUUUUUGAGACAAAUAUCUUAAGGGAUUUUAACACUGUUAUUUUGAAAGUUCACCAUAUCUGUAUGACAAACCUGUUUCAUUGUCAAUUCCUGUCUAAGAAAUCAUUCAAGUCAACGUAUUUCUGGUUAUAGGGGAAAAAAAACAGAAUGAAAUAACCCUGCUGAAUCACACAGUAAUUUUCUUUAAAGCACAUAGUAGUUACAUAAUAUAUAUAUAUAUAUAAAUAUAUUUUUGUUUAUAACUAACACAAGGCAGGCUCUUGUGGCUCUAAAGAGUGUAUUUUGUCAUCAAGACAAAGCAAAUGCAAGAUGAAUCACGGCAUUCCUCCCACAACACUGUAAGAUAAUCCUUAAUAUUAGCAUAUUUUUAUGUCACUUCCAGAAGUGGUUCAUUUAGUUGCAGCAUGCUUCGUCUUGCCGCCUAUGGAUCCACUCUUUCAUUCAUUCCAACCCCCUCUCUCUUGAUUCAAAGAAGCAGUUGUAAAUGUCCCUUGAGUGGAGUUCUCAUUGAUACUCUGAUUGCAAUCCAAACUUUGAAAAAUUCCCAAAAGAGAAGAAAGAAAAUGUAACAGUCAAAAAGGAAAGUUGUUAAUGUAAACUAUAUCUCUAAACCUGAGGUUCUGUGGUGUAGAAUUCUGCCAACCACUAUACCUGUAAACCUUUGGCAUUCUGUACCAAAAAAAAAAAAAAUCAUAGUUCUUACAAGGUACAUCAUUCAACAUUUGCAGAUUUUUGCAGAUUCAAGUUACACAAAGCAAAGGUUCCCAGUAGUAGCACUUCACUGACAGUUUACAAUCUAUGUACGAUGUCUACACUGGACAGCAUCCAUCCCCUAACAGAGUGUCACAUUGUUAUCCCCAGUGUCUGGCAUAAGUGAGGGCUCUUUUCUUUCAAUGUAUUUUGCUUUACACCUUGAAGUAUUUGAAGACAGUAACAUUUCCCUAACCUCAGAUAAAACUAUCAGAAAACAAAGGUAGACAAGCAGCACGAUUGUAGGAUGUGAUGACAAUCUGUGCCCCAGGUAUGCUCAAGCAAUAAGAAAUAAAUCAGCUUAUUCUUGUUGGUGUAAUUUUGGUGAGAAAGCAGUAUCCAAAUGACUUGCCAAUGUAACUGGUGUAACUGGUAUUUUACAGACACAUAAGGUAUACAUAGACGACUUUCCUUUUAGGAUAAGAUGAUGCUUUCACAAGCUUUGACAAUAAGCCUGGCUUCCAACAGCAAUGGAUUGGCAGCCACAUAAAUCUUUUGCAUCUGCAUCUCACUCAACAUAGUUCCUACAAGUAGUAAUAUUAUCUUUAUACCCGUCAAAGCUCAUCUUCCGUUUUUAAUUAAAACCAUUGAUAAUUCUUUUAAAUGACUACAUAAGACCCUCUGACUUACUCAGUGUAUCAAAGAACCAAAUAACAGAGAAAUUGGAAGCAAGAAGGUUUCUAAGUUAUGUGGAAACUUUCUAAGAUAGCUGAGAGAGAAUAAGGAGUACUGCAUUGUAUGAAUCCACAAAAAUCCUGGUAGAAUCUCUUUGCUCUAUGAAACUUUAAUUCUGUUUGUACUUCUGGUCUGUUCUUGAAUUCUGUUUACUUCAGAGGAAGGGCACAUAGAGGUUCUAGAAAUUUCAAAAAGGAGUCCAGUAUUGUGGCCUAUAUAUGGAUUAUGUAUUACAAAGGAUAGGCACAAGUACCUUAGUCAAUAUUCUGUGAGCAUGAAGAAAUGAUGUCAAUGGUGUUCUUCUGAGAAGAAUAACUAUAGGAUGCAUACAACCAUAAGGAGAAACCAGGGAAGUGGUCCUGCAAGGGAACUUAGCUAUUUUACCUUAACUGCAAGAAUAAUGAUCAGUGGUCAGAGCUGCAAAUCACCCAACCAGAUGGUACAGACUUGUUUGUGAAUGAUUGGGACUUUAAAGAACACUAAUAAAUAAAAAGAUAAAGGUUAAUGGCCAAUGACAAUUGAGCACAAAUAUUUUUCUGUAAGGUUUCUAGGGUAUUUGGUUGACUCUCAAAUGAAUGAGAUACAGAGUUACUGUCCACUAUUGAAUCUACUAGCCAAUUAUAGCUAAUGAUUUUUAAAUUAAAUACAAUUUAUAUUUAAUCUUCUGGUCACAUUUCAAGUGACCCAUAGCCACACAUGGCUCAUGACUACCAUUGUAGGCUACACACAACAUUCUAGCAAUGCAGAAAAGUUUACUAUAAAGUACUAUCGUGUUUCAAUUGAACUAUUUGUUCUUGAAGAAAAUAGUAGAAGGAAGAAGGAAGGAAGGAAGGAAGGAAGGAAGGAAGGAAAUAUGACAGCUCUUAAACACACCCAAACAUUUUUUCUUAUAACCUAAGAGAAUCCACAAAGAGAAAUAAAGAGAAGACCAGUUGAUAUGGAUUUGUGUCUUUAUAGCGUUUUCUUGGAAAAAAUCACUUCAACUUCCAUGAGUCUCAAUUUUCUAAUUGGAAAAAAAUUUUAAAUAUGUUGUCCCAUAUUUUUUGCAAGAUUGUUUUGCAGACUGAUUAAAUAUACAGAUUGUAAAGACUUUCAAAACCUGACAUCAAUGUAAUCUGUGAAGCACAUCUGUAGGGCCAAGACUGAAUUGCACACAAAGGAAGACUAGUUCAUUAUUCGAAAAAGCAACUAAAGACAAUCGAGGCAAUACAUUCUUGAGGAAAUGCCAAAGCACAUAACAAAACUGCUUGAAUUUCUUUUUGUCUGUUUUUUUUUUUCCUUUUGUCCAUGUGUUUUCUUUUCUGACUUUUUUCCUUAUUUGCCCACUUGCUGUGUCUCUUCCACUUGCCUGGGCUCUUUCUUAUGUGGAGUCACUUGGUGCCUUUGUUUUUCUGCUUUUACACUUUUCUCUUCAUAAUAAAUGGAAUCUUAGGAUCUUAGCAGAGGCUCGUUUGAAAACAAAGCAAAUGAUAAUGCAAACAUUAGUUAUCUCAUAUUUAUUUCAUUUCUAUUACAAAUGUAAGGAGCUAUGAAGUGAAAACAAAAUAUGGUGGAGACUUGUUUUUUAAUGUAAAUUCUGCAAAUGAAGACUUUAUAAAAGGAAUAAAACACUUUAAAGUAUGAUCACAUCCAGAUAAUAUAUGGUGUGGGAAGGCAUCUCAUACAUUUUAUUGAUAAGAAAACCAAGGUUAAAUAAAUAUAAUAAGUCUUUCUGUUGUCAAUAGUGGGUUUUGAACUUAAAAUUCUCAAUUGGUCUUUUUGGUUUCAACCGUUAUUGCUUUCAUUUUUUUGUAAGCAAUUAAGACAAACAAAAAGAUUAAAGGCAUAAUCCAUGACAAAAUCAACUUUAUCUCCUGUAGGGAUGAUCUCUAUAUCUUCUAUAAUACUAUGAAACAUGAAACAACCUUCAUGUAUCCUGUUACUAUCUUAAGAAUGUUGUUAUUCUGUUUCAAAUUCCAUCUCUCAUAGGGUACUUAUGUGUCCUCUCUCCACCUUCUUUGUUGUGGUCCUCAGGUUAGCAAUGCUAUUUGUCUUUGUCAUUUAAGUGUUCUUAUGCCUUUGUUUCAUUCCCACUCAAUUGUAUUUGAAAACUAAUACUGUUUAUUGAAGAAUUUGCAUCUCAUAGAUAAUCAGUUUUUACUUGUUCAUGAAAACUAUUCAGAGACUGUGUCCUGAGAUGAUCUUAUGGGAAAUUUUGACAUCAGAGGUGUUACCUACAAUAUACUCAUAUCAUUGUGUUUUUAUAAAGCACUUUACAUUUUACAGAGUACUUUGAUUCAUCCUUUUACUUGUUCAUACAUUGAACCAUACAAUUAAUUUUACUUUGUUAAAUACCCGCUGGAAGCUACUCUGCAGAUCUUGCGGUAUGGAAAAACAAAGUGGUGUG